AUGGUUAGUCAACAUCAGGCAAAUCCUGGUCUCAAGCAUUGGCAAGCUGUAAAGCAUAUAUUAAAGUAUCUUAAAAGACCCAAGGAUUAUAUGCUUGUAUAUUUUGGGGAGAACAUUAAUCCUAUUAGAUACACAGACUCAGACUUUCAAACUUGUAAAGAUUUAAGGAAAUCAACAUCGGGAAAGGUAUUCGUCCUAGGUCAUGGAGUCAUAGCAUGGAGAAGUGUAAAACAAACUUACACCACUGACUCUACUAUGGAGGUCGAGUAUGUGGUUGCCUCUGAGGAAAUGAAAGAAGUAAUAUGGCUUCGAAAGUUCUUAACUGAUCUUGAAGUCAUUUCUGGUAUAGAAAAAGCUGUAACACUGUAUUGUGAUAACAAUGUUGCAAUAGCUAAUACCUAG